GAAAUCAUCUUGAGCGGUCGUGAGUGGGUUGUUAUUUUUCGUCUUUUCAGAGAUCAUUUCUGAAUUGUUAAAAUGAAUACCUUACGUCCAGACCCUGGUGAAACUGACGAUGAUCUAAUUAGGCUAAAUGCUGAUUUUUUGAAAAGUAGUAAAAGAAAACAAGAAGAUACUGACAAAAAGGCUUAUGAGGACGGUUUGAAAAAGCAGAAGCCGCUAGAUAGUGGAAAUGACUGUAUUAAUGAUCCUCAAACAAUAUUGGAAAAUACCAUUGCACCCAAAAUGAUGCUAAGCGACGUAGUUGAAAAGCGUUUCUCUCCACAGCAGUCACUUCCACCAAAAAAGACAUCGAGAGGUUUCCCUAAAGUGUUCAAGCGAGAUAAAAUGGUGUCUAGCUGUGGUGACAGCAAGAAGACGAGCAUUUUUGCCCAGAUGAAAAAGAAGGAAGUAGAUCAAGUACCAGUGGAAGUUGAUGCUAAAAUUGAUCUUGGCGCACAGAAAGAAAUAAAAAAUAUUUUUGGUCCGUCGGAGGCUGAAAAAAUUCACAUAGAGAGCAUGCAAAAACUUCCUGCUGAGUUAUAUGAGGAACAAAUUCUUGAAGAAAGAAAUCGCUUGAUGGCUACCCUUAAACCAGACACUUUGAGCUUUUUUGCCAAGAGAAAGGCAAAAGUUGCAACAGUUACAGAAGAACCCUCAAGAUCAAGCCAAAAAUCCAUGAAAAUAGAGGAGACGAAAGAGCUUUCUGAUGAUGACGAUUUGCCAAUACCUGUCAUUGAGGCACACAAGUGGCUGCACAUGGAUGUCGUAGAGACUGAAAAGCUGAAGUGGAUGAAAAAAUUGCCGCAACCUAAGCCGCUGGCACCGGGAGAUCCAUAUCCUGCUCGCUUUGAUUUUCAAGGAAACUUGCUUCCGCCAAAUGCUGAUGUACAUGUAGCUAAAGCUCUUCAUCACCACGGAGACGAACCUGAAAGAGCAGGGUACACUCUUGAAGAGCUGCUGCUCUUUUCAAGGAGUUCAGUUAUUCAACAGAGAACUAUUGGCAUCUCAACCAUUGCAAACAUAUUGCGACUGGCUAAAGAGGGAAGGUUCGAUUUGUGCUUUGAAGAGCAGAUUGUGCCUCAGCUGGUUGGCGCUGGUGUGUUUGCGGUCCUGCGUUUUUCACUGGACGACAGCGUCAGUAUGGUCGUUCAAGCUGCAGCUGAUGCUUUGAAAAACCUUCUGGCGUCAGACCCUGACGAAUUGUGCCUCUCAUUGCUGCUAGGCACAACUUUCGGUACAGAGCAACCAAUAUUAUUUUGCCUACCUGUGCCUGACGAUGAGAAAGAAAAAGGUGAAGCUCCUGUUGAAGAGGGGGAACUGAAGGACCACGAACUGCUGCAGUUAGACGUCAUCAAAGGAGCGAUCAGAACUGACAUUAUUUCAAGAAUCAGAUACUUGUUGGAAAUAACGAAGCCAGACCCCAAAACGACGCUGUCUUUGAUUGAGAUUCUAAUCAGAAUUUCUAGGCACUCUAGAAAUUCUGCUCUGGAAGUGGGAAGGUGCAUUGGUUUAAUGCAAAUCAUCAUCUCGCGUUUCAUCCCUAUAGAAUGGGAAUCUGUGUCUAAAAAGCCCGCAGAAAUGGACUCCGUGUAUGGCGUUCCUCUUGCGAGAGCAGUGCGGCUGGUCAGGGUCAUAGCUGCUCAGAGCAAAGAAAUGGCAUCGGAUUUCGUGCGCAAGUACAAGGUCAUGCCGACAAUAAUGAAAUACUUGUCUGCUGAGCCUGGUGAUACAGGUAUUCCCGAUGGUGCAGCCAUCCUCAUCGAAUCUUUUUGCCUCUGGAAAACAUUGCUGGCUUAUGGCUUUGCGUUAAAAGAUUUCAGCUCUUUUUCACCAGUUUACGCACAGCUGUUGUCAUUUCACUUGACAACCACGAGUCUCCGCACAGAAGGGUCGUUUUAUCAGGAACACGCGACCGCCCUCAUCAGGUUGCUGCAGCAAGCUCUUGAAGUUGACAGACGGUUACACCAUGAGUUGCCCAAAGACAUGAUCAUCAACAUGGGCCCUGUGAUUGUCAGAUCAACUGCAUCCUGGAUGCAACAGGCAUCUGAAAAUUUGCCAUUGAAUUUCAGUGACUGCAAAUUAUUAGGAGCGGCUAUUUCUCUCUCACAAACUCUAUUCCAAGUGUUGCUGCAAUGGGAUGGAGUUGAUGUUGUGUCCUGGAUGAGUUUGCUGCAAAAUUUUAUGAAAUCAUCUAUCAUCCCAUACGUUUCUUCCAAGGCUUUUCAAAAUGCUACUGCUUCCAUGUUGGAAUAUUCCUCAUUGCUGAGCAUUGAAUCAUCUUCUGGCAAAAAGCGAGACCACAAAGGACUGCCCUCAGUAGGUUCCAUCAACUGUGGACAGAAAGUAACCAGCAUUCUCCAGCCAAAAUCAGCGCUCUUCUUGAUUCAGCCUCUCAUUUCCUUCAUCAAGUUUGCUGCAGACAAAUUCCCAUCGCUGAAAACUAAUAUCUUGAGUUUAUUACUCGCAAACAGUGACAUCAAAAACUAUGUGAGCAAAAUAGCUGAGGAUGGAUGCCCUGGUUUUGACAACUGGUUUUCAAGGACAGAAAUGCACUUAGUGGUGGACCUGCUGCUCCUUGCUGCCAAAAGUGAUGUUCUAGAGCCUGACUACCAAACCCAGUGCCACAUUGCCUCUCUCAAAUUGGUGUCCUGCAUCCGAAAGAACGACAGAAAAUUAUUGUUAGACUUGUUCCAAACAUGGGUUUUCCAAGACAUAUUUUCCAGUCAUGAAGAUGUUGCCAUUGGAUCACUGAAAAAUCUCAGCUUGAGGGAUGCUAACCAGCCUCAACCAGCAGUUAUAACCGCAAUCAAUGAGCUCACGAUCAUACGAGACACGUUCAUCGCUGUUUUUAACUUGAAGUUUGAAGAGGCCAAAGAUAAAUUGAACACAAUAAGUCUACUAGCUGAAUGUGACACUUUGGUACCCAGAGACUGGCCUUUCUUCCCGCUGAUUAAAGUUGUUAGCUUUUCGCAAGAGGAAGUCAAACCUGGUGGACCAGAGCCUGCUGUUGAUUUCCAGGAGGUUGUGAGGAGUUUGCAAUGGAUUCUGUUACUUGAAACUGCAGAGCACCAAAUUCUACACACAAUGCUCUCUCCAACAGCAAGAUUUUGCAGACUAGCUUGUGUUUUUCUUGCAGAAAACUGCCUCUUUCUGGAGAGUGAGAUUCACAAGUAUCUGAAAGAGAUCGUCAGCACUCUUCUGGCGAACAUGGAAUCUGAUGGCAAAGAUUUUGACUUCAAUGACAAAAUUCCAGGCCUCAAGGAUUUCUGGGAUUUAUAUGUGCAACUCGUGCAGCAAUAUAGUUCAGAAUCUUACGGGGAUGGAUUAUUCGCUCAUUUUAUCUUCAUCCCGCUCCAGCAGAGAUUUGGUACUGCGUUUAAAAAUUUGAUCUGGGGAGAACGGAUUGAAGUUGUUCGCUUUUUGUCAUUACCAAUAAGCGAGCUCUUACUGCCUUUGGAAAAGUUCCUGGAGCCAAGUGAAAAAGACAUUUCACUGUUGACUUUGUAUCUGAAAAACCUGAUAGCAGGUUUGGUCAAGCCGAUGUGGAGUCCUAUCCUGUACAAGGUUGCUGUCCAUCAUAUAAUGCAGUACAUCGCAAAUGGAGAAGACAGGGAGUUUGCUGAAAAGCUCAAGAUAGGAUUGCAGACAGCAAAGUUGGAAACAGUUGCUUAAGUAGUUUUAAAUUGUUUUAAUUUUUUGUUUUCCAAAUUGUAUUUUUACAAUUUUUCUGAUGACAGUUUUCAUUAAACAGAUUAAACACAAAAGUUUUGUAUCAACAACAAAAA